GUAGCCCGUGACGCGUGGGGAAUGCAAUCUGCUGCGAGGGAGCUCAAGCGUCCAGGUACACCUCAGAAAAUGCGCAGCUCCUCAGACGUGCUUGUGUUGCACGAUGCCCCACAUAGCGCUGACUAAAGGUGAACUGAGAGCCGUGUUCAAUGCUUAUUCUUUUAAGAUCUUCAGUCGAUCAACACGGGGAGACCUGCUUGAUGCAAAUCUGCUCCGGACACUGCUGUGUCUGCUGAAAUGCUCGAAUUAACCGGAGUGGAUGGGAUCUGCCUAGCAUAUUGAUACCGUGCAGCUACUGCAUGCAUCCCGGCGCGGGCUUCUUGCGCCAUCAUCGACACCUCGGGUGAAACGCGAAUAGCCUACCCAUUUUAUUUAAAAGCCACCGACAUUUCUACGAAAUAGCGUGGUUUUUGUGCAAAUACAGUUUUGAUGUUGGUAAAAAGACGCGCAUGCGUUGGUCUUGGAAUAAUUGGACAGCCUGUGACUUAAGUAGGUAGCAUUCCUUAAAUCUUCGCUCAAAGUCAUCUCUCUGAUCAAAGUUAGUGAUGUGCACGGCUUUGGACCGCGGACGUUGGGGGAUUUUUUGUCUUUUCCUCAUGGUCGCCAUGGUCUGCGGCGCUCAAAGCGCCAACGAGCAAAGCAACAUGUCAUUUGUGAAAGCGACCGUCGACAAACUGCUGAAGGGGUAUGACAUUCGUCUGAGGCCUGAUUUUGGAGGUGCCCCUGUGGACGUUGGCAUGAGCAUAGAUAUCGCCAGUAUCGACAUGGUUUCGGAAGUCAACAUGGAUUACACCAUCACUAUGUACUUCCAGCAGUCCUGGAGGGACAAGCGCUUGUCCUACACAGGGAUUCCCCUCAACCUGACACUGGACAACAGGGUGGCAGACUCACUCUGGGUCCCUGACACCUACUUCAUCAACGAUAAGAAGUCCUUUGUGCACGGGGUCACAGUGAAGAACAGAAUGAUCCGACUUCAUCCUGACGGAACUGUGCUCUAUGGCCUCAGGAUCACCACUACUGCAGCUUGCAUGAUGGACUUGCGUAGAUACCCACUGGAUGAGCAGAACUGCACCCUGGAGAUCGAGAGCUAUGGGUACACCACUGAUGACAUCGAGUUCUACUGGAAAGGUGAUAAUUCAGUGACUGGGGUGGAGAACAUCGAACUGCCCCAAUUCUCUAUAAUAGACUACCACAUCCAAUCCACAAAAGCAGUGUUUGCUACAGGCUCCUACCCGAGGCUCUCUCUGAGUUUUAAGCUGAAGAGGAACAUUGGCUACUUCAUCCUACAGACCUACAUGCCCUCAACCCUGAUCACCAUCCUAUCCUGGGUCUCCUUCUGGAUCAACUAUGACGCGUCUGCGGCCAGAGUCGCUUUAGGCAUAACCACUGUGCUGACCAUGACCACCAUCAACACCCACUUGAGAGAGACUUUGCCCAAAAUCCCCUACGUCAAGGCUAUAGACAUCUACCUGAUGGGCUGCUUCGUGUUCGUCUUCCUCGCUCUGCUGGAGUAUGCCUUUGUCAACUACAUCUUCUUCGGACGGGGGCCUCACUUGCAGAAAAAGGUGGCUGAGAAAGCAGCUCAAACCAAUAACGAAAAUAAGAGCAGAUUGGAGAGUAACAAAGUGCAGGUGGACGCCCACGGCAAUAUCCUCCUGACCAAUCUGGAGAUCCGUAACGAGAUGGGCGGGAUGGGGGGCAUGGCCGGGAUGACCGGGGCUGAAAUGAUAGGGGCUCUCAACGACCCGCGGGCCACCAUGUUCUCCUACGACAGCGCCAGCAUACAGUACCGUAAGCCCAUGGCCAGCCGAGAUCUGUACGGUCGACCGGCCCUCGACCGGCCAGUCGGCCACAAGAAGAGUCGUUUGAGGAGGAGGGCGUCGCAGCUCAAAGUCAAGAUCCCAGACCUGACGGACGUCAACACCAUAGACAAGUGGUCCCGUGUCAUCUUCCCUAUCGCCUUCACCUUCUUCAACCUGGUCUACUGGCUGUACUACGUCCACUAGGGUGCGUGGCUAUUCCCGCUAGAGGUUUGUUUAGCUAGCUAGGUUCUUGUACAGCAAGGGUAAAAGAGAGGGGAGUUAAAUUCUGCCCAGUUUGUAUGACUUCUGUUUGAGGAAUGCGAGGCGAAGCGGAUGUCUUUUCAAUGUAAAUACAAUUUAUUAUAUGAUAUAAAUAAAUAAAUAAAUAUAUAUAUAUAUAUAUUAAAAUAUAUAUAUAUAUUAAAAUAUAUAUUAAAAUAUAUAUAUAUAUA